AUGGCACAAGAUAUUAAUGCAGAUGAUUAAUUAAAAUAACUUAUGACUUUAGAAGGAUCUAAUGGAUAUGUUAUUUUUAAUGAAUUUGGAAUUACAUUAAAAAAUACUGAAAAAACUAUUCCUUAUACAAAAGCAGUUCAUGUGGCUGCUUUAGUUUCUGAUUUAUGGAAUGUUUCAAGAAAAAUUAUAUAAAGAGAUUUAAGGAGUCCUGAUAAUGAUGUCGAAGUUAUAAGAUUGAGAACGAAACAUUCAUAUGAAUAUAUUAUUACAUAAUGUUCUGGAGAAUUUACAAUGUUGGCAAUUUAAUUAUGUGGAAAAGCUAUAGAAGAAUAAAAAGCUGCUCAGGCUGCAGCAACAGCUGCUGCUCUAGCUUUAGAAGAGAAUAAAGAAAAAGAUAAAGAUAAAAAAUGA